GCCAUUCCGUCAGCCUGCUUGACCUUGGACGCCAAAUUAAUGCCUGUACAUCGUUUGGAUAACACUCUACACGAACCAGCCGUUCAUCUCAGUACUGAGCGGAUUAAUAACUGCGCGAUUACUUGCCUUUUCUUGGACAUAUCACCUAUCCUCUCGGGUGGCGCUUGAUCUUUGCUCUGCGACUACGGCGGUUGAACACACCCACCCCCUGCUUCUCGGUGACCGCUUCCCGGGGGCUUGUGGCUCUACGCUCAACAUCUCGCCUCAGGUGUUUAGCGAGCUUCACUCUGGUCAAAAUACCAAUAUCCGGAUCUUAAGUGAACUUAGGCCAAGAUAUCAGCACCUGGAGGCCGAGAAAGAGACUGGGGAAAGGCCGACGGCAGUUUACAAGUCUACCGUGAACGGCGGGGCGAACUUGCGCAGGUCCCUACCUAGGCAGAAUCCGACCAAACCGACACGGCAACACGGCAACACGGCAAUACGAUAAACCUCAGUAGAAGAGGACCACCAAGACUUGCGAGACAGAAAAGGAAGCCGGGAAUUUUAAAAUGUCAAAAGACAAGACGCUCCGCAUCUUUUGCUUUGGCGACUCGCUGACGGCUGGGUACUCGUCCUACGGCGCCGUCUACCACCCGUACUCCAUCGCCCUCACAAAGCUCCUCGCCGUGUACCUGUCCGACACGCAAAUCGUGGCGACGGACAACGGCAUGCCCGGGGAUGUCGUUUCGCAGGGAGCCUUUGCGCAGCGUUUUGAUAGCGAGAUGAGCCAAGCACAAUACGACUGGGUCAUCAUACUGGGAGGCACAAACGACCUUGCAUUCAACGUGCCGCCAGAUAGGAUAUUUGACUCACUCCGGGGAGUAUACGACUCCGCCAUUGCCAAGGGUAGCAAGGUUCUUGCCUUGACAGUUCCCGAAUGUGCAACCAAGAGUGAGAAGCUGGAUGCCCGCCGGCGACAGCUUAACAAUGCUAUCCUCACUCAUCAAUCACCAAAUUACCACGCCUUCGAUCUUAAUCCGAGGAUCCCGUUCCACGCCCUCACCGAUCGGGAGUGCAAAAGAUACUGGGACGACGGCCUGCACCUGACACCAGCGGGCUACGACUGGAUGGGCACACACAUCGCCGAGGCCCUCCGCGACGUUAUAGAGCUCGAGCGGAAUCCCCAAUCCAAGAGAGCGCGUAGGGCGCGGCGCAACGCCGAGGAGCAAAUCUCCUUUGACGAGGAGGACGGUGAUCCACAUUCGCUCAGCGAGGGUUAUGUGGUCGUGCGGAUGAGAGACUUGAACUAGAUACCUUUUUUUACUUUGAA